UUUAAACUUGCAACAUUCAAUAUUAAAAUUAAGCUAUCAGCUGUUAGACUGUUACAGUGUUUUUCUUAUUAUCGGAUAAAUACCUAUUUAGAAUUAGUAGGUAAUCAACUUACGUGCAUAUUUAAUAUUAAAACAUACACGUGCUCGUUAAAUAAAUAAAUGUUUUAAAUUUCUGUCUUAAUCAUAAAUACUGAAUCACAUAACAUUAAAAAAUGUGGCCAAUAAUAAUGCAGUUUCUGCGUUCAAAUGCUCCAUAUAUAACCUUGCCGAUUGCGGCGGUUGUCGGCGUUGUGGGGUACAAUUUAGAAAGCCUUUUAUCAGACAAAUAUACUCCCUAUAAUAAACCAGUACAAGACCAAAGAGAUGAAAGAUUAGAAGAACAACUGCUUCAAGACCCAACAAACGUCAAAAAAUUAAAAUACCAAGAAAAUGUCCUCGGAAAGAAUGUUUCUCCAUCGUUACAGAACUAGUCACACAUAUAUCUUAGAUUAAUUUAUUGUUGAAUAUUUGUUACGAAAAUAAAGUUUAAAAAAGAA